GUGCUGGUGUCAUUGCUGCUGUUGUGUGUGGGUGUGUGUGUGUGUGUGUGUGUGUGUGGGAGUGAGGGAGAGCAAGCGAGAGAGGACUUGGCAGACCCUGCAGAGAUGGAGCAGUGUGCGUGUGUGGAGCGUGAGCUGGAGAAAGUGCUGCACCGGUUUGUGACGUAUGGACACCAGUCGGAGGAGCGGCUGGACGAGCUUCUGCACAGUGUCUGUGAGCUGCGCAGCCGUGUGGUAACUUUUGGUGUGCAAGAUGCUGACUUGUCUGCGCUCUCUCAGACAAUGGCGCAGUGCUGUAAAGAAAUCAAAGAAACUGUGCAGAUUCUCGCCUCCCGUCACAAAGACAUCCAUGGCAGUGUGUCCAAAGUGGGCAAAGCUAUCGACCGAAACUUUGAUGCGGAGGUGAGUGCUGUGGUAGCAGAGACUGUGUGGGACUCUCCCGAGAAACAGAGGAACCUGAGCGAGACAAUCGUGGAGCAUCUGUAUCGCCAGGGUAUGCUGAGUGUAGCUGAAGACCUCUGUCAGGAGUCCGGCGUGGUCAUAGACAUGAGCAUGAAGCAGCCAUUUCUGGAGCUUAACCGCAUUCUAGAGGCUUUACGCAUGCAAGACCUCAGGCCAGCACUAGAGUGGGCGGUCACCAACAGGCAGAGGCUGCUGGAUCUGAACAGUAGCCUGGAAUUCAAACUCCACAGACUCUACUUCAUCAGCCUGCUCAACGGCGGCGUGGACAACCAGCUGGAAGCACUGCACUAUGCUCGCCACUUCCAGCCCUUUGCUGCCCAGCACCAGAGAGACAUCCAGGUGCUGAUGGGCAGUCUGGUGUAUUUACGGAAUGGCAUUGAGAACUCACCCUACCGCAGUUUGCUGGAGACCAACCAGUGGGCUGAGAUCUGCAGCAUCUUUACACGUGACGCCUGCGCCCUGCUGGGCCUGUCUGUGGAGUCGCCACUCAGUGUCAGUUUUGCAUCAGGCUGCAUGGCUCUGCCUGUACUCAUGAACAUUAAACAGGUGAUUGAACAAAGACAGUGCAGUGGUGUCUGGACACACAAGGACGAGCUGCCUAUUGAGAUAGACUUAGGCAAGAAGUGCUGGUAUCACUCUGUGUUCGCCUGUCCCAUCCUGAGACAGCAGACGUCUGAGAGUAACCCCCCAAUGAAGCUCAUCUGUGGGCACGUCAUCUCCAGAGACGCCCUCAACAAGCUCACCAAUGCUGGCAAGCUCAAGUGCCCAUACUGUCCGAUGGAGCAGAACCCCUCGGAUGCCAAGCAGAUCUUCUUCUGAUGGCCCUGAACAAGUCCGGCGAUCGCAGGGGAGGCUGCUCGGCUGUCCGAGGCUCUUUGAGUGUCUGAGCUUGAGCGAUCCAUGCUGGCAGACUCGCCGGGGGCCUUCAGGGUCGGCUCUGACCUCGAACCUGCCCCGCAACACCAUUUCCCCCCCCCCAGCCCCCGCACCAUCCAAGCUUUUAGUUGGCAGAGGCCAGUGGUCAUGACAACACACCUGUAAACGACAUACCCGUAGAACUGAGUCAGUAAGUGUAUGUUACAAGGACAGAACUUGAGGGAUCCUUUAUUCAUGCACACUCAUUUACGACAGACUUGUGGGCUUUUAUAAAUGGGUUGGUUUUUUUUCCCCUCCCCCCUUUUCCUCCUGUCCUCCUUAAUUUUAUUAUAUUUUCAGUUCUUCUACCCAUGCCUCACCCCCUCCCCUUAUGAUUUACAGUGAGCUGUAUGUGUGUGAACAGGUGUGACCUCUUGCAUAGUUGCUUAUUUCAAAAUAUUUAUAUGACUAUAUAUAGAGGUGUUUUGCCUGUGUACAUGACGGAUGUGGCUUUUCAGCAAGUAUAACCAGAGAUGUAUUGAGAAUUGAGUAAGGCCAUGAGGUAUUUGGUAUUGGAGGGGCUCAAAUUUGAGUUCUCGUGCCUGAUGUAAACAGGGUAUUUAUUGUAAAAGAAUGAUGCCGCCCUUCCUCAUGGUGUUACAGUACUAGGGAUGAUGACAAUAAAUGUGAUUGGACUGGAGGCAUUUUGGUUAAUGUUCCAGUGUGAAGAAUCGUUGGAGAUGUGAAGUUUAAUUCCUUGAGCAGAUUGUCUUGACCAUUUGAUCCCACGUUAACUGAAUUCUCAAAGUACAAGCUAUGUGUCUCUUUGUGUAUAUAUUUAAGGAAUAUUUAAAAGAAAAAGAUAUACUGCUGUGAAAUGUGACUGUUUGUUUAAUUUCCCACCAGUAGUAAUUUAAGUAUAUUCCAAGCAAUGCUUGUUCUGCUCGUCACCAUGGCAUUUUAACUUCGUUAGCCCCACUUGCUCUUAUCCCCAUCACCUUCGGUUGAUCUGUAUUCUCCAUGACCUCAUUUUAAAUCAGAAUUCAAAAUCCCCCGCUGCUGUGAGCUGGAGUAGUUCUUCAAGAUCACUCGAGAUUUAUUUUAACCAGUUUCCCCACACCUAAACGAAACAAACCAAAACAAAACCUAGUUGUUUUCCGUCAUUUAAAAUGGUGCGUAAACUCAACCUUACCAAGCUUGUAGAGCUGACAGUACAGGCACACAUGUCUUUAGAUGUUCCACCAAAGGAGUAGUUGAAAAGCUUCACCUUUCACCCACUUUAUUUAGCUUUUCUGCAAAGUUGCUCUCUCCUGAGCUGGAAGCAGGACAUUGAUAUUGCUUAAAUGAUAUUACUAUUCAAAACAUGUUCUGAAUAAAAAUAAAAUGCACAGAUUUUUUUUCUUUCUUUUUUUAAAAAAAAAACACAAAAGGUUAAUCAGUAUGUAGCAGAGAUGUCCAUCUUCACUGGAUGUGCAACUAAUGUGUAGCUUUUUUUUUUUUUCCCCUCGGUAAAUUACAUUAUUUGCUCCAUGCUCUUAAACUUCAGUGAUAUUCUACUUUGCUAGUGGUACCCCUUUUGAAGUGUGGCCCAACUUGUUUUGUGUAUGUGGAGACGUCUUGUAGUUUAAAAAUGAUGACCUCUUGGUGCCCCACGCCCCACCCCUGUAAUGAAUUUUUUUUUCUUCUGCACAGUAAUGGGAUGCAGAAGAAAGAUCCAUAAGAUUCGUUACAGACGUGCAGCAAAGACAUGGAGGCUGACUUUUUAAGGAUAUGUUUCUUUGAAAACCUUAAUUUCUAUUUGCAACCAUCAUCCUACCCUGUAACAUGGCCCUCCAGUGUUGGUCUCACUCACCUUACAGGUGGACCUGCUCUCCAAGCCUCAGUGUGUUUGUGUGCUCUGGUGGUAUUUGUGUUUUUCUUAAGUAGACAAUCGUACGUUGCCUCCCUAAGCAUUUGACAGGCCUUCUAGGCCACCAGGGCAGAGUCGGUGUGGGCAGAUGGUGGCGGGGCUACUCACCCCCAACCUCAAAGGGCUGCAGUUCGAUGUUUUAUAAAUUCAUGGUUUAGCCAUCGCCAUGCUCCUCCAUAUCCGGUUCAGCGAAAUGCCUUGAUGCCCAAGCCGUUUCUGAGCCAUGUAUGCCAGGGCAGAGUUACAGAUCAGCUCCUAUAGUGGCUGGGGUGGGCCAAAAUGCAAUCAUAUCAAACCAUAAAGAGCAGCUUUAUUAGCAUGUGGGACACCAAAAGAAGUUUUCUUAAGUGAUUGCUACUAAUCCUGCACGUCGGAUGACCCGGGCCUCAAAUGGUAUAAGCGCUGUACAGACGCCACACUGUACACCAUGUACUAAUGUACUAUUACACUAACUUGACCCAGCUCAGAAGGGGCUCAUGGAUGGGCCGACAAGCUGAAUAUAAGUGUGUGUUGGAGCAAGAGGAGCUGUGUUUUGUAGCAGUUGGACACAGCAGUGGAUUUAUAAACCUAUGCGUGUACUGGCAGUGUGCUUUGUGACGCUGAAAUGAAAUUUCGGUCCAAUGAAGGUUCCCAUUUCUUGGUAAAAAUGGAUGUAGGAUGUAUAAAAAUUAAGAUAAUUCAUAUGACAUGUUACGGUGUCCUGCAACCCCCUGUAGGAACAAAUUACAGUCAAAUUGCCUGUCUGCUUUUGAAUGUCAUCAGGGAGUUGUCUUUAGGGUUUCUUGUUUGUUAAUGGAAUAAUAUAACAAAUCUGCAUUUCCUGCUAUUUUAAUGCAACUGUUGUAAAUAAUUAUCUUGUCAUUACAGUAUGUUUAUUAUACUUGCAUCUAAAAUAAGUGAAAUAAAAAUGUUUAUACACAA